GUGUUUUUUCUUUUUUUUUCGCAUUCCACAGAAAGUUGAAACACGAAAGUUGCGAAGUUUGAAAGUUCAUGGUUUUCUGCCAACUUUUAAAUGUUCAGUGGUGUUUCGGAACGUACUAGGACGUUUUCUUUCAGAUCUAGAAAUCAGCCGGAUAGUCGAGAAGAGACUUUGAAUAUUCACGUUUUCGACGUACGAGAUCAAUCUCAAGCCAGAUACAGUUCGUACAUUUGGCCAUCAGCUCCGAUCCUCGCCCUCUACCUGUGGGAACACCGUCACGAACUGAGCGGUAAACAUAUCUUGGAACUAGGCGCCGGUACAGCUCUACCAGGUAUCUUAGCUGCCAAGUGUGGCGCUUACGUAACGCUUUCGGAAAGCGCUCUACUUCCAAAAAGUAUCCAAGACUUGGAACGAAGCUGUAAACUAAACAACUUGAAUUCGUCUCAAGUACAAGUUAUCGGUCUAACUUGGGGUCUAUUCACGUACAGCGUUUUGCAACUGAAACCGGUCGAUUUGAUCAUCAGCUCGGACUGUUUCUACGAACCGAUCACUUUCGAAGAUAUCCUAGCAACGGUAGCUUUCCUGUUGGAGAAAAACCCUCGCGCUAAAUUCCUAUCAACGUACCAAGAACGUAGCGCCGACUGGUCCAUCGAACACUUACUCAAUAAGUGGAAUCUACGCUGCGACGAGAUCUCUAUCGAUACAUUGGGCGAAAAGAGCGGUGUGAAUAUCGACGAUUUUCUACAAAAUCAUACCAUUCACUUGUUACAAAUCAGUCGUCGAUCUUAAUAUGUCCACGGUUAAAUCUGUAUUCAAAGUAUUCGUUAGCAAUAUACCUUGGACGAUUAGUCAACGAGAAUUGAAA